AUGACCGAAGCGGAUGUGCAGACGCGCUGGGCUGAUGCGCUGGGCGCCUGUCCCUUGGUCGCCAUCCUGCGGGGAGUGGAGCCGGCGGAGGCAGUGGCGGUGGGCAGGGCUUUGCUGGAGGCUGGAGUGACCAUCCUUGAAGUCCCGCUCAACUCCCCAGAGGCCCUGAAGAGCAUCCGUUCCCUGGUGCAGCACCUGCCGGCUUCGACGGUGGUGGGAGCAGGCACCGUCCUGCACCCAAAAGAGGUUGAAGACGUGAAGGCGGCUGGUGGCAUCCUCAUAGUUAGCCCCAAUAUGGACGAGGCUGUCAUUAAGAAGACCAAGGAGCUGGGCCUGGUGAGCGCGCCGGGGGUUUGCACGCCCACAGAGGCCUUCAGCGCCUUGAAAUGUGGCGCGGACGCCCUCAAGGCCUUCCCUGGGGAGAUGCUGCCGCCGAAGAUCAUCAAAGCCUGGCGAGCGGUGCUGCCGAAGAGCGCUUGCGUCCUGGCAGUGGGAGGUGUGAAUGUCGACAACAUGAAAGCCUACCUGGAGGCUGGAGCCAACGGCUUCGGCGUGGGCACAGCCCUCUUUAGCCCUGGAGACUCGGCAGAGGUGUGCCGCCAGAAGGCGGACACCAUGCUGAGCGCUUUCCAAGAUCUCAGCGCCGGCUCGUCUACGAAGCGACAGAAGACCUAA